AUGAGUGCUCUUCGAAUCGCCAGAUCAGCCGGUCUCCAGGCUAGCCGUGCCGCACCUCGAGCCAUCGCUCCGUAUGCAUGCUCGAGAACGACGAUCUUCUUGCUAACCACCAGUGUUGCCGUCCGUUACAACUCUACACGCGUUGAGCCGAGCAAGAAGGCUGCUUCUAUCAUCGAUGCACUCCCCGGAAACUCCAUCCUCUCCAAAACUGGUAUUUUGACUGCCGGUGCCGCUCUCUCGGCGAUUGCUAUUUCCAAGGAGAUUUACGUCGUCAAUGAGGAGACAACCGUCUUGGCUGCUUUCAUUGGUAUUCUCGCCGUCAUUGUCAAGGCUGGUGGCGGUCCUUACAAUGAGUGGGCAGAGGGCCAUAUCGGCCGCAUGCGUGAUCUCCUCAACAGUGCUCGUGCAGACCACACUGCAGCUGUUCAGCAACGCAUCGACAGUGUCAGCGAGAUGAAGGAUGUUGUUGGAAUUACCAAGUCCCUGUUUGCCAUCUCCAAGGAAACGGCAGAGUUGGAGGCCAAGGCAUUCGAGUUGCAGCAGCGUGUUGCUUUCGCUACAGAGGCCAAGACCGUGCUGGACUCUUGGGUGCGUUACGAGGCAGGCGUCAGGCAGCGGGAGCAGAAGGAGCUCGCUGAGAGCGUGAUUGCCAAGAUUCAAAAGGAAAUCACCAACCCGAAGGUGCAGCAGCAGAUUUUGCAGCAGAGCAUCGCUGAUGUUGAGCGACUCAUUGCGAAGGCUUAG